UCCCUAUCUACUCCCUCUUCUAAACUAAAGUUGCGAGCCCUCUCUUGAAAAACCCCAAAAACCCUGCGUUAUUAGCCUCGUGGAAGAAGCCAGAGGAGUAGCAAAAGCUACAGUGCCUCGUGUGUUUCACCAAGGGACUGUUCACUCGCAUCCUUCCUCCCGCUCAAUCUGGAGCAGCAUCUGGCGCCAAAAUGGAACAUAUAGCCACAACUGAUCCUUAUUCUCUCUCCCUCGUUCUCCCUCUUCCAUCAUUGAAUCUCAUCAAAUUGAAGUAAGGAUGGAUUCACUUCAGGACCCAUUCUUUUCCAAUCUCAUCCAUGACGGGUCCAACCUUGGCGAUCAGUUUAUGGAGUCUCAGUAUGUGAGCCAAGUUGGUCAAGUGGCACAAAAAGAGUCUCAAUUCUCUGUCGAAACAAAACCAGUGGCGAGGAAACGCGGUGGUAACUUUAGCAUAGAAGAAGACAAUAUGCUCGUAUCUGCAUGGCUCAAUAUUAGCUUGGAUGCGGUUCAGGGAAAUGGCCAAAAACAUAAGACAUUUUGGAUAAGGGUUUGGGAGUUCUUCCAUGAGAACAAGACCUUCACUAGUGAACGCAAUGAUAAUUCACUAAUGAAUCGCUGGUCAACAAUUCAACUUAGCACUAACAAGUUUUGUGGGUACUUGGCCCAAAUUGAAGCAGCGCAUCAAAGUGGUAUGACUGAGCAAGACAAGAUCAGGGAGGCAAAAAUCAUGUACCAAAGUCUGGAUGUGAAACAUUUUGCACUUCAAUUCGAGCAUUGUUGGGAUGUGUUGAAACAUCAACCAAAAUGGUUUCAGGAAUGUGAGAAGAAAAAACCAAAAAGAGGUAGAACUGUUGCAACACCAUUAGCCGAGCUAGUCAACCCACAAGAGGAUGUCGCAGACGAUAUGAUCCAAGUGGAGAGAUUGAUAGGUAAUAAGAUUGCAAAGGAACAGCAGAAGAAAAACAAGACCAAUGAUCAUGCAAGUGCUCCAAUUGUGCAAGUUCUGAAUGAGCUAAAAGAAGAUAAGAAAGUAGCAAAUGAGAAGAAGCAUCAAAUGCUUCAAAUAUCAUAUGGUCUUCAAGUUGAAAAGCUGAAAAUGGAACAGUUAAAAGAGUAGGCGAGAAUCAUGAUGUUGGAUACAAGUGGCAUGCCUCCAAUGCAACAAGAGUAUAUUCAUCAGCGCCAAAUGGAAAUUGUUGAGAGCCAAAAAAACAAAAGUUAAGUGGAGAAAUCUGACUACCAAGGCAUAUUAUGAUAGUUACUCUAUUUUGGAACAUAUGUUUGUGGGAUCCUGAACUUCUUACUUUUGAAAUUAGGAUGAUGCUAAUAUGUGUAUGAAUGCUAGGAUGCAUUUGUAUUAUGAAAACCUGAUGCUUAUGUAUUAUGAUCAGAUGCUUAUGUAAUAUGAUCAUGACCUUUUUGUAUAGGUAUAAAAACUUAGAGAUGCUUUUAUGUAUUAUGAUUACAGCGUUUUGUGUGGGUAUAAAAAUGACAUUGGAAUUGCAAA